ACGGCGUGCAGGGUUCAGUCGUUUUCAGAGCUCUCGUGCGAGCGGCCGUUGAGCUGGAAAACCGUCCCAGAGUGGUCGUUUUGAGUUAUCGCGUUCGCCACCGUUGUCCAAAACGAAGAGAAAACGUUCUCGAUCCUUGUUGGCGGGAAAGUGUUCUACGUGCGCCACGUGUACGUUGUGUAGGCGAGGAGUUUGAACGGUUGCAUUCGUUUGGAAGGAAAAGUGAAUAAUGUUUCUUUGAAUAGUGUCGGAGAUUCAAAGUCAAGUUUAUACUUUCCAACGAAACGAAAUUCAAAGCCUCGCACAAAAAAAUCAUCGCAGCGAUCGUGAAGGAAAGGUAAUAUCAUAUGAACGUCGUUUAAGGUGCUUCUGGUAGUGGUAAUUUAUCCACGGUUCAAGUGCGCCUAGUUCAAAGUAAGCAAGCCAGUAGAAAGCAGAGCAAUAUCCUUAAUUGGUCGUUUCCACCAUUAGCCCGCAAUAAAUCCCUGCAACAACCAGUGCCGAACGUAAUUAGGUGAACGCUUUCGGGCAAGUGCUUGUGCUUGCGAAAGUCCCCAGGCAAGGAGGAAACACCCAAUUCGGUGUAGAUUCCCGUUUCGCAUGUGAGGACAUUAUCCGCCAGCCCCGACUACGAUUAUUAUCCAUAACGAACUGACGACCCCCCUAUCGAUGGUGCAAGAUAUCGUUCUCUCUCCCACGACACGAAAGGAAUUGUUCAUCCGCUAGUGCGCAGAAAGACCGGUAGGAAGUGAUUAUCAUUUGCAACCAGUGUGGUUGUUGAAUGAGUUUCUUGUUGGGUCCACAUGCACUCGACUGUGACGCUACUUAUGGUUCACCUUGGGGAGCAAUUCUUUGACGCGUCGGUAGACCGGUACUUCGUGGGAAGAAAUUAGUCCAGUGGCUCUCCGUUUAGUUCGAUCGAUCACUGUACAACCUUGAUCGCUAGGCUGGCAAAGGGACCGGUUCGCCCGUUACAGGUUACAACAAGGCGUCAACAAACAAUAAACAUCCUGCGGCGUUGCUUGGAUUGUUGACUUUCUCUCACGUUCGUACAUGCUCACGGGAAACGAGCAUCAAAAGCAAACGACCUGUCCCACCAGCCUGUCGGGGUGAAAUACAGUUCGGCUAGGUGACGGAGACGACCAAGCAGGGGAAAAAAUAAGCCUCCCUUCUAACCAAUCCAACCGCAAAGGCUACCGAAAGCCUUCCAAAAGAAAGGAAAGGGAAGAGAAAAGAACGACUCCGAGCACGAGACUUCCCACAGUGACAAUAUGCUCCUGGCGGUGACGAGUACGACCGAAAAACCUCAACGCAAGUAGACGCUACGAAAAGUUUUCGUCCUUCCUCCCAGCGACGCUAGGGAACGGAGAAGGCCAAACGCGUGGGAACGAAAGUACGAAGGCGUUCGUGCAUAAGGUCGAGCUGUGGACGGUCUCAGCAGCGAGCAGAGAAAAAUAACGUUCUUUUUCUGCACAUAUGCACACAUACACGCGGCGAAACGGGGUCAAAGGGCAAGUGAAAGCGUAGCGUAACCUUUUCCACCAAAGAUUGACCGAGAAGUUAAACGAAGCAGAACAAAGCGGGAAUUAAAUUUGAACAGCUUUUUCUUCAACGCAAGCAAGCAAAACAAAAAGACACAUACAGUGAAGUAAUACACACACAAACGGGUGAAGUGAAAAAUCCACCGUACAGGACACACACAGGGAGACGACAGAUUCAUCACACAGAAUGAGGAUUAGGCGGAGCGUGAAUAUUAGCAACGGCAGUGUCUUUCAUCUGGCCCUCGUCACCAUGGCAGCGCUCGUGCGACAAGUUAUCACGGAGGACUGUGGACAGGAGGAGCUGGUACAGUGCACAAGACCGCUGCAGGUCCUAUCGGCCACAUCGGAGCUGUCCUUCGUUACCAAGAAGGAGGAGCUGGAUAAACUUUGCCCCGAUCUGCACAAAGGACUGCACUGCAUACGAAGCUACACCCGGCGCUGCAUGAAUAUUCAUCAACGAGACCACUUCAACAAACUCUACCACGGCACUAAUGAAGUGAUACACGAGCUCUGCGAGGAAGGCCCAUAUCAGGAAGACUUUCUUAGACAUGCACCGUGCAUGCGGCAUGUGAAAAAAGACUACGAGGUGUGUGCGAUCCACUACCAGAGCACCAUGGCGAAGAUAGGCCAGUCGGUGGCAACGACAACCACCACGACGGUAGCGUCGUCCAUCUACCCAACAAUGGCCACACAUCCGGCGGCCGUCAUGAGCAAUGGUGGUGGGCAGUACCACAACGGUGACAUGAGUCAGCAUCAGCAUCACCAUCACAGACAGCAGCAGCAGCAGCACGAACCAUUGGGCCGAAGCCAUCCAAACAGCACCAAGUCGGUGGAGGAUGCGGAGGAGGAACGGCUUAAAACGGUUUGCUGUGCCUUCCAGAAGUACAUGCAGUGCUCGGAGUUUACGGUGCGGCAUGCCUGCGGCGACGAGACGGCGCUGUUCACGCGCAAAUUCCUCGACAAGAUGUCCAACACGUUGAUGCGGAUGCACUGCGUCGAUUACACGCCGGAAAGUGGCAAAUGCCGGGAUUACUUCAGCUCAAGCGCCACCCCGACGGGUCUAACGCGGUGGAGUUCAUCAAACAUGGUCACACUCGCCAUUGUCACGGUGCUUGCGGUUGUGCACCACUGGCUGGGAACGUUUAUUUAAUCGCCACCCACAUUGUCGCCGAUCGGUGCACGAUCGCACCCGGUACGAUCUCGAUGACAGCGACGGGGAAUCAGCGAAAGCAAGGAUGCAUCUCCAUUGGCUGCAGGUAAAUGACCAUAGAAGCGCUGUAAAUUGAGUGGAAAGUGAAGUUUAAUGGGUGAUUGAAAUGCAUAAAAAGGUGCAAAAAUCACACACAUACAAGCUGACAAAAGAGAACAGCUAAAGCUUUGUUACUCGUGGAAAAAGGCAAACACUCAAAUGCAAAAACGAAAAAAAGAAA